AUGGCUACGGGAUCACUACGCUUUCGCACCGCCCUGAUUGAAGAAUUACCAACCACACACGUGAAAAAUGCGCCUGGCUUCGCUUGGGUCGCCGUUUCCGGGCGCGGAGACGAUCCAUCGAAGAACUGGGGCACCACCAAUCGAAAACGCGCGCGCACAGCUGGCAAUACGCAGACCGAAUCGCAACGCGAAGCCGUCACUGCCAAGCAGCAAGAGAAAAUUGAUAGAAGGAUUCGAGAAUUGAACAGUGACGGUGGACGAGAUGUUGCCAUUCCAAACACAGUACGAAAGGAAGGCGGCGCCGCGCACAAAGCCGGCAAAACCACAAACACGAAGAAGAUCCUCGCCUCAGGCAAGACCCUUGCGCAUUAUCUAGAUGAUGAAGAGGCAGAGAUCGCGCGGACUGGCAGGCGAGAUAUCGAUCUAGAUGCCAUACAUCAAGCUGGCGCACCUCCGCAGCGCGCAAGCAAGACGCCGCUCGCAAGACGCAAACCUCAACGUGAAGCUAGCAUCGCCAGCGCCAGUCCUGCGCCCUCUAUUGUCCCGCCGACAAUGGUAGCCUUAGCCACCCUGCCAACAGCAGGCAAUACUGAUUUCGACGAAAUGCAAGUGGACGACGAUGAUGACAAUGAAUAUCCUAUUCCCGCUAUUCCGAGCCGGGCUGAAAUGGAAGCUCUGCUGAACGCAACACCUCUGACAUACGCCCAAGCUCGAUGCACGCCGCCGCCUGCAAACUCACCUCCCGCUCGCAAAUUCUGCGAGACUUGUGGCUACUGGGGCCGCGUAAGAUGCAUGAAAUGCAAUGUCAUGACGUGUAGCGUUGCGUGCAAGGACAUACACGACGAACACAAAUGUCUGAAGUUCUAUGCAUGA